UCAAUGUCGUAUCCAUCUUACUAUAUAGUAGACAGGACUCGACUAUUCCAUCAUUAUAUUCGCACCCUGCUUAUGUGUGCGAACAAAUCGUUCGUCUCCUGUUUGAUGCUCAGUUUUCAACGGAGUUGAAGGGAAACUUUAUAAGAGAAAGGAAGUUACGGAUUGUCUCAAAGUGAUAAACGAAAAUUCUCGUAACUAUCGAAAAACGAUAGUCAAUACAAGGAUAUCAUUAUCACAUUUAAAACUAUCACAAUGAACGGUGAUUCGUCGCAGCAAGGUACCACGAAUAAGAUAUCUCAAUCUAAAGAGGAGGAGAGUCAUACUUCGGAACGUAAUCGGGACAUAUUGUACCUUAAUGUGAUUAUUAUUGUGAUUAUUGUGAUUAGUGUGAUUAUUUGGUACACAAUGGAUAUGUUGGCAUUAGCGAUGUAUUAAUCCGGGAAGCUCGUCUAUCUCGGAAAUAUCGAGUCUGGGACAACGUCAAUUUGGAGAUUAUUCUUAGAGAAUAUGAAAAUUAUUACAAGAUAAAAUUCCAAAAAUAUCCUAUAUUGUGUAAGAAAAUAACUGAAAAGGAAAUAAAGACGAGGGAAAUGACAAAUGCGAACAAAGUCAAACAAACGAGAAGUGAGUCUGUAUCUGGGUCUGUCGAAGGGAGGAAUGCACAACAGAAGAUGAGGGGUGAUGCUACCGAUGAUAUUAAUCUUGCAAUGACAGUGACAACAAUUUCUGCCAAUGAAAACGAUGGAUCUUCAUCAGAAGAGCUUCAUCAAAGAGCUUCAUUUAACGUCUCAAUGGAACAAUCCAGGCAAUCAAAGAUAUCAAAAUGUGCUCGGGACCUUUAUAUAGACAAUCCAGAAUUGCAGAAGAUUGCUCAAGACAUUUUAUCUGAAAUCAUACUGAAAGAAUUAAAUGUAUAUUGGGACAACAUUGCAGGCCUAGAGGAAUGUAAAUCUGCCAUUAAGGAUGCCAUUGUGUAUCCCCUUAAAUACCCUAUCUUUUUUAAAGGCCCAUUUGCUCCCUGUAAAAGUAUUCUGCUAUAUGGACCACCUGGUACAGGGAAGACGAUGUUGGCGAAGGCAGUCGCAACAGAAUGCCAAUGCACCUUUUUUAACGUAACGACCAGCUCAUUGGUGGACAAAUGGAGAGGUGAUUCCAAGAAGUAUAUCCGUGUUUUAUUUGAACUUGCCUAUAAUAAUUCGCCUACAAUUAUUUUUAUCGACGAGAUUGACUGCAUAGGAACAAAUAAAGGAGUAAAGUAUACAUUGUCUGAAUCUGCAAAGACAUUCAGAUCAGAACUUCUUUUUAGAUUGGAUAGAUUAGUAAUUAACAAAAAUUCUGAUGUAGUUCUUUUGGCCGCAACUAAUUGCCCUUGGGAUAUUGAUGCAACUUUACGCAGACGCCUUGAAAAGAAUAUAUACGUAUCAUUACCAAACGAAGUUACUCGAUUUUAUAUGUUCAAAUUAUACCUUAGCAACCGAUUAUUAGAGAAUAUGGAUAUUGUGAGUCACAUAAUAAAAUCUACUGAAAAAUAUUCUUGUGCUGAUAUAAAAUUGCUUUGUACGCAAGCAUGGCUGCUAGAAAUGAAUCCAAUGUUUAAAAGACUUGAAAAAGGAGAAACAUCUACUACGACUUUGAAAUAUGAAUUAAAGAAUUAUAAAAUAAUAGCAAAAUUGUUAAAAAAAAUGUCACCUACAGUUACGGAUGUGGAUAGAUAUGAAGCGUGGAAUAAAUAUGUAUGCCAUAAGAACAUAUUUUAAAAAAUAUAAAUGGUUAUCAUA